AUGAGGUCACACGACCAAAUCGUCUCCAUGCUCUGCGUGACCGGGGCAGCCUGUGCCUCGGUCCCAGAGUCCGAAUAUCAACUACUACCAGACUUCGCCCCGGUGAGCCUAAUCGAUCGCUUCGCCAACUGCUCUGAACCUCCCGCCGGCCCUGCCACGUUGGGCGCUGCGCAUCCCCAUUUUGCCACCAUCCUCAGCACCAGAGAAAUUGAGUCAGCUAUUUACGGCCUGAAAGACCACUUCAACGUCAAGCUGACGGCCGCCCCGUACAAAAGCAUCAUGGGCUUCACCACGGUGGUCAUCAGUAUCCCCCCGACGCAUGGUCGACAGAAUGAUAUACAAACGAAGAAGAACGAUACUUCUGGUUUGGAUCCCAAUCGCCCGCGCGGUGUUCUUCUUACCUCCGGCUUCCAGGGCCGCGAGCGCGGCGGACCGGACAGUCUCGUAUACUUCCUGUCCGACCUGCUUCACGCCCACAAGAACAAGAAGGGGUUGACCUACGGCCAAGUAACGUUCUCCCACGAACAGAUUGAAGCCGUGGUCAGAGAGGGCGUCAUGGCCAUCCCGAUGGUCAACCCGGACGGUAUCGUCUGGGACCAGAGGCACAACAACUGCUGGGGCAAUAACCGCAACGGCUCCGGCGUCAACAUCGACCGGAACUUCGACAUCGUCUGGGACUACAAGCGCUACUUCUCUAAGGAUGCCAUGGAAGUCGCAUCUGAUUUACCAACUCACGAGCUCUACCAUGGAACAGAACCCUUCUCCGAAGCAGAGUCGCGCAACGUCAAAUGGGUCAUCGAAAACAACCCAGGAAUCGGCUACUUUGUAAGCGCCGGCCCGCAAUCAACCGCCGGCGUCGACGGCCGAUGGGAUAUCGACACCACGAGUAGCAAUGACUCAUCCAUGAACUGGCGGAACAAAUUUUACGACGGCAAGCGCGGCCUGCUGCACAGCACUGAAGGCAGUUACGGCGAGUACAUGGCCCCAGAAGACCAGAGACACGUGUUAAAGCUGAGGCUCGAUAUUGAGACACAUAUGAUGGCCGCGUCCGGGAGACGUUUCUAUCAGGGGGGCAGACGGAAUCCGCUCGGGGCACUGCACCAAUUCUUUAGAGCGCAUCUGAGCGCGUCCGGAACGGCUACGGACUGGGCGUACAGCCGCCACAUCGUCAACACCACGGCUACCAAAGUCUUCUCCUUCAGAAUGAGGUUCGGUCAGACGGAGGACGAAGCCUACGCCAUCGCUAAGGAGGGUGGUUGCCCGUUCUACCCGACCAGCGAGCAGUAUAAGAACAGUCUUGCUGAGGCUGCUGCGGGAUACAUGAGGUUUCUGUUGUCGGCGGUGGACAAAACGAAGGAUUAG